AUCGGACAGGAAGUCCCACGACUAGAUGCAAUGUGUGUGUGCUGUGCGUGGAUGGAUAACGACACAUCUGAGCAGCAGCACAGAGGCUUAGAUGCCAGUUUCCGACAGCAUUAUCACAUUGCGUCGCAUUAAACGGAAAAGCACGAAUCCUCCACGCGGAUCCACUGAUGACAUUUAAGCAGGUCGGUGGUACUAAGUGAAGGGCCGUGUAAAAGAGGGUUGUAGAGACGAACUUGCUGUGCUGUGUGUGUGUGUGUGUGGGGGUGAGUGUGUGUGUGUGUGCGCGUGUGUGCGUGUGUGUGUGUGAGUGGGGGUGAGUGUGAGAGUGUGUGUGGAAGGGGCUCUCAGUCAUGGGUGUGGUGGCAUGGCUGAAGAGCCUGUUCGUCCUGCAGCUCUUGAUUGGCUUUGUGUUCGUGGUGAGUGGCCUCAUUAUUAACUUCAUCCAGCUGUGCACCUGUGUGCUGUGGCCCUUCAACAAACAGCUGUACCGCAAGAUCAACACCAGACUGUCCUACUCGCUAUGGAGCCAGCUGGUGAUGCUGUUAGAGUGGUGGUCUGGCACAGAGUGUAUGCUGUACACCGAUCAGGCCACGGUGGAUAAGUUUGGUAAAGAGCACGUCAUCAUCAUCCUCAACCAUAACUAUGAGAUCGACUUCCUGUGUGGCUGGACCAUGUGUGAGAGAUACGGCAUACUGGGGAGUUCUAAGGUUCUGGCUAAACACGAACUGCUGAAAGUUCCUCUAAUCGGCUGGACGUGGUACUUCCUUGAAAUUGUUUUCUGCAAGCGGAAGUGGGAGGAAGACAGAGAUACUGUGUUCAGUGGGCUGAACCGUCUUCGAGAUUACCCAGAAUACAUGUGGUUCCUGCUGUACUGUGAAGGAACGAGAUUUACGGAAAAGAAACAUCAGAUAAGCAUGCAGGUGGCUGAGAGUAAGGGCCUUCCAAAACUGAAGUACCACCUGCUGCCCCGCACCAAAGGAUUCACCACUACACUUCAAUGCCUCAAGGGAACAGUGAAAGCUGUGUACGAUGUCACGCUGAACUUCAAAGACAAGCAGAACCCGACCCUGCUGGGCAUCGUUAACGGGAAGAAAUACAAAGCGGACCUGAGCGUCAGGCGCUUCCCUGUGGAGGAGAUACCUGAUGACGAGAAGGAGUGCGCUGACUGGUUACACAAGCUCUACCAAGAGAAGGAUGCGUUACAAGAACACUAUGAGAAGGAAGGCUGUUUCCCUGGCCCCACCAUCGAACCCAAACGUCGAGUUUGGACACUGCUCAACUUCCUGUUUUGGGCUACUCUCCUGCUUUCUCCGCUUAUUAACUUUGCCUGGGAUGUCUUUGUCAGCGGCUCUCCCCUCCUCAUCAUUGGCUUUAUGAUCUUCCUCAUUGUCGCUUCUGUAGCAGUUCGUCGGCUCAUCGGUGUAACCGAAGUGAAGAAGACAGGAUCCAGCUACGGCAACACAGAGGCCAAGAAGGAGAACUAAACAUUUUCACCGUGUCAACACCGUGUGGCCACUGUAUCGCUCACCCUAGAGUCCAGCCUCAGGCACAGAGCUGCCCUGUGUGCAGUUAUCCUUCUUUUUACAAAAAAAAAAAGUAAUUAAAAAAAAACGAAUGAAAUAUUAAAAUCUAAGCAUUGGGAGGUAUAUAGGGGUAUAACUGUAGAUUUAACUUAAUACGCUAGUCUAUAAACAUUACGAUCAUUUUUAUGAACCAACUAAAUGGGAAAUAGAGGGGAAGAAACACUCGUCAGCUGCGGAUCGAUGACGAAAUGCUCGUCUUCUCCGGCAGAGAAAGAUGAGAUGAACUAGAGAGACCAACCGCUGAUACGCCUAUCAACCUAUCAGUGACUUGUCCCUCCUGUUUAGCCCCGCCCUUUAACAUAAGACCGCCCCUUUCCCCAAACAAGCCCACUUCUUGUCAUAGUUCUCCAUUAAUAUUCAUCAUCUCCAGAAGUGCUUUGUAACACUUCCUUCACUGCAUCUACAAUAUCAGUAGUUGUUUCCUCACAACGUUCCUCUUCCGAUCUUCACCCUGAAACCACUCGGACUGAUUUUCUGCGAUCAGAAAUGAGGAAGAUCGCUUGAGGAAGACAAACAGCCCAGACGAUCAACAAUGAUGGUCACGAUCCAUCCAACAAAUGAACUGUUGUAGAUCUUUGGUCUACUGCAGCUGGAGUGACGUUGGUGAAAAGUUUAUGACCAACAUGGUUAAAGAUGUGGACUGAGCAAGGAAAAGCAUGUCUUCUGUACUCCCAUUUUUGAGACCUUUUCACGAUGGUGUCUUAACCCACUGCGUCACCAUUGUAUUACUGGCUAUGCUAAAUAAGCGAUAAAUGUUUUCUACCAGUGUACUCCAAAUCACCUACAGCAUCUGUUUAGUUAGUGAGCAGUUUUGUCAGGAAAUCGAAGGCCCAUGGACCAUGCUUCAGUUGCCCAAUCUCUCUAGCCAUGUGUAACUUAUGAAAUGCAGGGGUUGAAGAGCGACGGUGUGAGAGUAGCUGAAUGACCAAGAAGAAAAUGAGUUCUGUCAAUAAAGAACGAGUAUGAAAACUGUUUAGUGUGAACUAAUGACACUAAUGGUUUGUAAAUAAACUCUAGAAGUUUCUUCUUGACUCAAAUCCA